AUCCGUGACGAUAGAUCUACUACGAAUCGCCAGCAUAUGCAUACACAUCCCAAUCCAGUAGCGAAAAUAACCUAAACAAUGGAGAAAUUCUCCCAAUUCCGCGACCGCGGUUCCGGCAUCUCUCCCUUUAUGCCCUCCCCCGCCCCCACUCCGUCCCUCCUUUCCACCCUUUCGGGCCCCCUAAUCUUCCUCCUCCGCCUCCCCUUCUUCGUCCUCUAUACCAUCUCCUACUUCCUCCUUCUCCCACUCCUGCCCUCUCCACUGCGCAAGCUUCUGCUAUGGGGCUUCUUCGCCCUAACCGGCACCUGGUGGUCGGACCUGCAGCUCGACGGCGUCAAGCGCGGCUCGCUUUCUCAACAACCGCCCUCCCGAAUUCCACGGGGCGGGACGGUGAUCGCGGCGAACUUUACGAGUCCAUUGGACGCGGUGUACUUGGCGGCGGUGUGGGAUUGUGUUUUUGUGCAGAGCUUCCCUGGGAGCAGGCAAGUGAGGAGGUUGUCUCUGUGGCAAGCUAUUUCCUUGGCGCUUAGCCCACGCCAGCUGGCUGGGCCACCGGCGGGUGAUAACGAGAAGUUGACGACGAUCGCUCAGCUGCUGAAGGAAUACCCGACUAGAGCGAUUGCUGUCUUUCCGGAGUGCGCUACCACCAACGGCAAGGGCAUCUUGCCGCUUUCGCCAUCGCUGCUUACCGUCCCGAACUCGACGCAGAUCUUCCCGCUCAGCUUGCGGUAUACCCCCGUUGACGACACCACCCCGGUUCCUGGGGGAGCGAAGGUGUGGUUGAGUUUCUUGUGGAAGUUGCUGGCUAGGCCGACGCACUGUAUUAGGAUUCGCAUUGGCGAGGGGUUGGUUAAUACCGUGGGGGCUAGCAAUGGUGUUUCACAUGGUGAGAGCUCAGCAGUGGAUGUCCGCGGAAGGCAAGAGAGAGGGGAUGGAGAGUUGACGGCCGAGGAGCAGAGGCUUUUGGAUAAGGUGGCGGAGACGUUGGCGAGGUUGGGUAGGGCCAAGAGAGUUGGGUUGACUGUGGAGGACAAGAAGAACUUUGUGAAGGCUUGGGAGAAGAGAAGGAGGUAGAUGGUGUGGAAAGAGGGAAAAGAAUUGAGAUAGAGAUGGGUGUCUUAUGAGGACUGGUAAUGAGGUUAAUGAGGAUGAUAUGGUUUUACUCGUCAGGGAUAGAAGAUCUCCCUGACGUUUAGUUGGACUUGAAAUUGCGAUUAGGAGCUGUCAUCUUUUUACAGGAAGCUCCAGCAUUCAUGACUGAUCUGACACACCAGAUCACAGUGACGGUAGAGUAGGAUAAGGAUUAAGAUGCGUUGCCUUGAA